CUUUAAGAAGAUUACCUGAACGCAUCAUGACACUGGCAGCUAGCCUAGCCGGCUAACUUGGCUAAUCUGAUUUAUCGCCUGAGUUAAGCGCACGUAACGUUAGCCAGGAUUACCAAAUUUAGUUUUCCAUAUCUAGCGUUUAACAUAGUAUCUGUCUGAAAUCAAACAACCACUCGUUUCAGGAAUGGCAUCGCUUGGGGAGCCUGUGCGUUUGGAAAGAGAUAUUAACCGUGCUAUUGAACUGCUCGAUAAGCUCCAGAGGACAGGGGAAGUGCCUCCCCAGAAGCUGCAGGCACUGCAGAGGGUCUUACAGAGUGAAUUCUGUAACGCUGUCAGAGAAGUUUAUGAACAUGUGUAUGAAACAGUGGACAUCAACAGCAGUCCUGAGGUCAGAGCCAACGCCACAGCUAAGGCUACUGUGGCAGCUUUUGCUGCAAGUGAGGGACACUCACAUCCGCGUGUUGUGGAGCUCCCAAAGACAGAAGAAGGCCUGGGUUUCAACAUAAUGGGUGGAAAGGAGCAAAACUCACCUAUUUACAUCUCACGGAUCAUCCCAGGAGGCAUCGCCGACCGUCAUGGUGGUCUGAAGAGAGGCGACCAGCUUCUUUCUGUUAAUGGGGUGAGUGUUGAAGGUGAGCACCAUGAGAAAGCUGUGGAACUCCUUAAAGCAGCUCAGGGCACAGUGAAGCUUGUAGUAAGGUACACCCCCAAAGUCUUAGAGGAAAUGGAGUCACGCUUUGAGAAAAUGAGGUCGGCGAAGCGCCGGCAACAGAACAGCUAUCCCCAGUAGGAUUUUUCCAUGUUGAUGCCCAGCUCCCAUGUCUCUCCUCCUCUAGCCUUCUGGCCAUCUGUUCUGUCUCUUUCUUAUCUCCCUGCCCAAAAAAAGAAAAAAACAUAACAAACAUACCCAAGUUUAGUUUUAGUUGCCACUCACACAUACUGUAUAUUGUGCUUCUAACCCUCUCUGUAGCAUUUUUAAUAUCCACCAUUAUUACUGUACUAGACACUAUGACUUUAGCCAAACACUAGAAUGAUUAUGAUUGUCAAUGAAGGUGGUCUCUCACACGUGUGCAUUAUUUUUCAACUGACGAUUUGAAUGCAACUUUGAGUACUUUAGAGACCAACUACAUAGCUUCUUUGACUGGAAAGGUAGUGUUUUUAAUUCUUUGAUCACAGCCACUACCAAGUGCCUCAGGGCAAACACAUUUAUCCAAUGUACUGUGUUCACCUUUCUUUUUCUCUUUUUAAUGGUUUAAAGUCGAGUACUGGUAAUUAAAUGCUUGUGGCAGGAAUUACUGCAUGCUUUGCAACUGCUUUACCUAAAGAUCAUCAACUUUGAUUCAAAAUACAGUUUAGUUUUCAUGGCCGCUCCAGAAUAGUGAAGUUUUGGGGGAGCUGAUGUGAGUUUGAAUUUGUAAAAAACACAAAAAAGCAAGAGAUAGUUACAUGUUUGAUUACAAGGGAAACCACUGAAAGGACACUUCAAAUCACAAGUGAUAGAUGAUCUUUAAGGUGUUUCUCUGGGCUUACCCUGUUAAGUUCACUAGCGUCAUACCACACUAUAAAAAGCUCAGCAGGUACUGUGGGGUUUGAGUAGCCCAGCAGGUACUGUAAGUGAUGUAAUGGGGUCUUAGCGACUCAUGAACUAAAUUCCUGCCACAGCACAGACUCACAUUUUUUUAAAACUUUUAUCAAAGUAAUAAACCUUCACAAGCAAAAACUCUGCAGUCAGCAUGACACGAGGUGAAACCUGCUCAGCUUCUGACUAAUUUCUCUUGGCAUAAAUCAGGAAUUUACUACAUGUCAUACUUCUCCGUAACCAGGUAGAGUGCUUAAUGAGAAGUCAGUUACUUUGUCUUUAAUAUCUGUCUUUGAUCUUUGCUAAAAACUGCUUGUUAGUAUUGUCCGCAUCAUUCAGUGACAGUACAAAGCGAAGAAAAGUAGGACACUCAUAAUAUCAAGCAAUCUCUUUAUGUCACAGUAGCACCUGAUGUGAGCUUUCAUCAUUGUUUUGAUAAAUUAAAUGGCAGAUGUUGUUAUUACACAUGCUGUAUAUGGCCAUUGCAUAUUCAUUAUGACUUUACGCGAUGUUUGGGGCAUUAUGUUGUUCAUCUGCUGCAUUGGCAUGUCAUUCAUUUCUAUUUUUCUGUCUUUUCUGUUUUUAACAUUUUAUCACUCCACGUCUUACUCUAAACAUAAUGUGUGUCUUAAAUGAAGCAUUCACUGCUUUUGAACUUUUAUAUCCUGGCAUCAUUGAGAUCUUUACAGAUAUAUUGUACACACAAUACCAGGGCUUGGAUAAGGAUUAACACUCAGAGACAAGAGUAAGCCCAUACAUUUCAAUAAUUUAGUAGAGCAAUAAGUUGAUACAUUUUCCUACCUGUGUGUCGGACAUUUUUGUCUUUUUUCUUUUAUAUUUACUAACAGUCGUCUUUGCUCCAUUAAAGCCAAAAUUUCAGUGGCCCUCAUGUACUCUGUAUUUCAUAUACAAACUGCACAUAAUGUUAAAAUAAGAAUGAUAAUGACAAUUUUAUUACUGGAUGCUGCUGGUCAUUGGCAGUCCUGAUAUGUGGUUUUAGUCCAGUCACUAACCUUCAAUAUACUGUAUUUUUAGACUCUCCUGUCACAUUUACAUAUACAACACAUAUAAAAAAAGUCUUAGUGUUAGUGUUUUUGGUGCUUGCAAAACGCAUGUUUAGCUAACAUAUUGGUAUUCCUCACAUCAUGAGAAAACAUCUUAUGAAGUGGAAUAUUAAUAAUUGAAAAAUCCAUAUCCUGUCUUUAAUCCUACAUGCAACAUGUCAAUCAAACAGGUCAGAACGUCAUAGUUUUGUUUAAAAUAUUUAACUGUUCAAUUCAAAUUUAGCAUUUAUUUAAAGAAAAAUGAAGUCAGUUUCAGUAUAAUGUUUGUCUAUUAGAACCCACCUCCUCAUUCAGACUUUCAGCGUGUGAGACAACAAACUAUCCCCAGAACAAAUUUAAUUUCAGAGGUUUAUUCACAGAAAAUUUUGUUUCCACUGUAGAUGCAAUAUCCUGUAUAUAGCAUAUAGCAUAAAUGUAAACGAGGCUUUAGCUGCAUAAGCCAUACUAUUGUCCAGUCUCAGGAUCAACACAUCACAGAGUUAAGACAUGAAGGCAGUAAUGAUGAAGGUGAUUGUUAUUUAUUUAUCUGGUGUAGAAAUUGAAUGGAUGGUGGAUAAAGUGACAGAAACACAGGACUGUGUACAGAAGCAGGAAAACUUUCCCUUCAGUGUAGCUUCAGUGUCUUACAUGUCCGGAACUGUUUGUCCUCUGGUGUUGAACCAUCCUUAAGAAAUUGAUUCAUUUUUCAUGCAGUGUAGUGUCCAGUUGAGUGUGCCCCUUUGUAAGUGUUUUGGUGUAAUGUCUGCGUAAACAGCUGCACUGUUACUGUUACCGAGGCAUUUUAUAAUUACGUUAGUUAUAGUUUCUGUUUGCUUUUGUGAUGUAGUUACUCCAAAGCUUUUCUCUCUCGCUUUUUUUUCCAUUUGGUGUUUCUGUUAUUUUAUCCACCAUCUCUUAACAUAUAGUAAGAUUCAAUACAGACAGCUGCCUAUGACAUCAAUUGUUCCACCAAACUGUAAAUAGUUCACUCAAAAGUACUGAAGUCCAUAGGGAUUUAUAAUGUUUUCUCCAAAAUACACUUAUUUCUCUCAGUGAUCUGGAAAUGUGUCCUUAAAAAAAAGAUUACAUCACUAAAUGCACUGAAAUGCAUCACCAAGUGCUAAAAAUAUCGUUAUCAGUGCAAGGGACUAUCAGACAGUGAUGACGUGAUCAUUUUUACUUAAUAAUUGGAACUGAAACUGUAGUUUGCUGAAGUAACAACAAGUCGCUCUUUGGCAUCUUACCUUUGUUUGUUGCAGUCUCUGCAUGUGUCCAUAACUACUCUCCAUUGUCAGCUCAAAGUCAGCCGUUCCUUUAAAUGUCUGGUUUACCUGCAGGACUAUCUCCACUCAAGUCAGUGGAAGUUGUCAUUGACCUUUAUCAAUUCGUACAUUACUUUAAUACUGCAACAAAAAAAAGAAAAGAAAAGAUGAAUCAUGAUGAGCACAUAGCCCAGAUGUAUUCAGCAGGUGUGCUCCCUGUAAUCCAUUGCUCUUCAAUGAAAAAUGCUGAAUUUUGGGGCAAAGUAUAAAACAAAAAUACACACAGUACUGCAAAAACUGAAUGCAAACCAACUAUCUAUGCAAGGUUGUUUAAAAACUUUGAAAAUUUCCUGCAUUGGUGCGAAACAGUUUUCAAAAUGAAUGUUACUGAAAAUUACCACUUUAAGGCUGUGUGGACAAAUGUCUAAAGUAAUACAACUUGUUCAACAAUUCUGGGACCCACUGCACUUAAACACAUUGGAGUUACAUAAUGUUAUGAGACAUUUACAAUGUUUGUUAUUGUAACGUUCUCUUAUUGAUCAUCAUCAAGUAACAGUGAAGAUUUCCAUGUGACAUUAGCCUUGCUAUCUAAUUAAUGAUUGUCAGGAUGCAUGUAGAAGAAUAGGCUCUUGUUGAAGUGUGGUUAGUAGUCGACCAUUCCAUAGGCUACUUUGAGCAUACUUUAGUUUUGAGGCAGAAACUUUAGCAGGAGAGUUGGGGUGGGGUGUACAUAAAAGCUGAAAUGUCUUAAUAUAAUGUAUAGUUUGUCCCUUAAUUGUGUUUUAUCCAACUUUAGAUAUCUAGCUUCACUGCUCACGCACCUACACACAUGUAUAGUAAAUCAGGAAAAAAAAUGUAAUGAGACUUGGUAUUGAUAUUGCACAGUCACACUCUCCACUGAAUGUCACUGACCAUUGUCUAAGUUAGUUGCGACAUUUUGUGAAGUACCCUUCAACUUUCUACCCGUUUUCCUCGUCUUAUAUAUUGGAAUGGUCAAUAGAGUAUUUUUUAUAAUAGUUUUCUUUUGAUAUUUUUCUCAAUUUUUAUAAGUGGUUUUCCUAAAAAUAAAUACCAGGAAUGAUUGGUACUUCCAUUUUGACUGUGUACCAGGGCCAUAUCAGCAAAGCCUCUCUGAAAUGCAGCGCUGAUGUAGAAUGGCUUGAUCAGAUCUAAUGGCUGUAUGAACCUACAGACUAAAGAGAGAGACCGUCCUCCAUCAGCUCUUCUUUUCUGAGUUCUGAACUGAUUUUUCCUUUUCUUUUUAGUACCAAGACCAAACUUGCAACAUUUGUGGAAAUUUUGAUAAUGUUUUGAAAUGUUUUAGUCAGUGCUUGUUUAGGAUUAUUAACUUGUAGACUGUGUUGUGUUAUUUUGUGUUCUCUGGUUUGUUAUCUAAUUUACUGUGUUACAUUGAUGUGGAAUGUAAAAUGUUGUGAUGUAGAACAUAAUAAUUGGACUGGAGGCUAAAUAAACAGUGCUUAAAUUUA